AAGUAUCCAGCCAUCAAAUCUCUAAUGGGCCCAGAUCCACACCUGAAAUGGAUUGUGUCCUGCAUGGUGCUGACCCAGUUCUGCGCUUGUUACCUGGUCAAAGACUUGUCUUGGCGAUGGGUCUUCUUCUGGGCCUAUGCCUUUGGGGGCUGUGUGAACCACUCCUUGACCCUGGCCAUCCAUGAUGUCUCUCAUAACGUGGCCUUUGGCAACAAAUGUAUUCACUGGAACCGCUGGUUUGCAGUCUUCGCCAACCUCCCCGUUGGUUUGCCAUACUCGGCUUCCUUCAAGAAGUAUCACAUUGAUCACCAUCGCUACCUGGGGGGUGACAAGCUGGAUGUGGACAUCCCCACAGACUUUGAGUGCUGGUUCUUCUGCACUCCGAUGAGGAAGCUCCUCUGGCUCUUCUUGCAACCACUGUUUUAUGCCCUGCGUCCACUCUUUGUAAACCCCUUGCCUAUCACGCAGAUGGAGAUCUACAAUGCGCUGACCCAGCUUGCCGUCGACCUUGUGAUCUAUAUGCUCUGGGGGCUGAAGCCGAUUGUGUACUUUAUCGCAGGCACCCUCCUCUGUAUGGGAAUACACCCCUUCUCCGGUCACUUCAUUGCGGAACACUAUAUGUACUUGAAGGGCUAUGAGACGUACUCCUACUAUGGGCCCCUCAACUGGUUAACCUUUAAUGCGGGCUACCACAUGGAGCACCAUGACUUUCCCAGUAUCUCAGGCUUCAAUCUGCCCACGGUGCGGAAAAUUGCCCCUGAAUAUUAUGACAACCUGCCCCACCACCAUUCCUGGGUGCAAGUUCUCUGGGACUUUGUCUUCAAAGACACCAUGGGGCCUGCCUCAAGGACAAAGAGGGUCUACACGAAGGCAUCGAAAGACUUCUAACCUACCUUCCAUUCGAUUGAUAGGGCCAACUUGGGCCUGGGACCUAACUAGCCUGGAAAAAAAGGUUGGCCCAGAAGUCCUCCAUGUGAAUGGUAGAACCUGAGCUGGUUAUCUGAAAUGGCCAAAAUACUGGAAUGUGUCCUUGUUUAAAUAGAACAGAAACAACAAACCCCACCCACUCUGUCCUGCCUCCAGGAAGCUCCCAUUAUACUCUGAGCAGGGGGUCAUCUCCCAUGACCCGCUGGACUUUUUGCUUCAGUCCUGAGAAACAAGAGAGCAGAAAAAACAGAAUUCUCC